AUGCGUAGUACGCGUGUGUGCCCUAGAAGCACUGAUGCGAUUCUUAGUGCGACAUUUACAUCGUGGUCGGAUUGGCAGCCUAUCGAUCAACGACAUCAUGCGGAUAGCUCGUCUGGUGUUAGACACCAACAACUUUGUUCACAAGAACAAGUAUUAUCUACAGAUUCGAGGUGGGGCCAUGGGAUCGGCGUUCACCAUGACCUUAGCGAACAUUUACAUGUUGGCAUGGAAACAGUCCUUCGUCGAAGAUCAACAGGCAUGCGGUGA